AUGUUUACUUGCAGCAUUAAACGGCAAGGUGGAGCUGGCCUUCUGCUAACGCGGUGUUAUUCAGAUAUCUUGAGUGAUAUCCGAGCAAAAGUAGCCGAGUCCAAGCCACGGCCGAAUAGAUUUGCCCAGCAGUACGCUUCCGAUGGGGGUGCAAGCCAACCGAAACAAAACCAACGAAGGGACAAUUAUAACCAGUACCAGCAGCAGCCACGAAGGUUCAAUAAUGGUGAUGGAAUGAAUCAGCGUCACGAUAGGCAGCGGGAUCGGUUGAGAGAUGGUCAAGGACAAGGACAAGGACAAGGCCAGUACCAAAGGCAUGGCCAACCCCAAGGACAAGGACAGUAUCAAAGCCGAGGACAAGGUGGUCCAAGGAACAACGGCAACCGGCAAGAGAACUACACCCGCGACUCACUUAAAGGUCUCAAGGACCAUCUACAAGGAUCAGCGCCGAACUUGUCCCGUGCAGCAAUUGAACAGCAGAAACUAGCCCAGUACAAACAAAUCAGCCAACAGUUUACGGAAAAGGAAAAAGAAGAUGGAGAAAAACCGAGACAACAUCAUGUGGGCGUCAGAUUCCAGUUCAAAAAAAGAACAGCCCAACCUUUGAAGAAACAGAAAAAAAAGAAAGCCUUGGUUAAAGUCCAACUCCCACCUUUCAUUACCGUGUCCAAUUUGGCCACCGUGAUGCAAGUUCCGCUCAACGAUGUCUUUAAGAAACUUGAAGGGUUGGGAUUUGAAGGAAUGAGGCACUCGUACAUCUUGGAUAAGGAAAAUGCUGCCAUGAUUGCUGACGAGUAUGGGAUCGAAGUUGAAAGUGUUGAGAAUACCAAUGACGAUUUGUUUCCAGCUCCCGUUGAAGAGAAAUUGUUAAAAGAACGACCACCAGUGGUGACAAUCAUGGGUCAUGUUGAUCACGGCAAGACCACGAUAUUGGACUAUUUGAGGAAAUCCAGUAUUGUAAAAGGCGAAUUUGGCGGUAUAACACAACACAUUGGUGCCUUUUCCGUCAUUACGCCGCAAUCGAAGAAAAAGAUUACAUUUUUGGAUACACCGGGCCAUGCUGCGUUUUUGAAAAUGAGGGAACGCGGAGCCAUCAUUACUGAUAUUGUUAUAUUGGUUGUCGCGGCUGACGAUUCGGUCAUGCCGCAAACCAUCGAAGCUAUCAAGCAUGCCAAAAAGGCAGGAGUACCCAUGAUUGUGGCAUUGAACAAAUGUGAUAAACAAGGGGUCAACACGGACAAGGUUUUGGCAGACUUGGCAGCACAGGAUGUCGAUAUCGAGGAGUAUGGUGGAGAUACUCAAACUGUGCAAGUUUCCGGUAAAACCGGGUUGAACAUGGAUAAAUUGGAAGAGGCAAUCGUGACCUUGAGUGAAAUGAAUGAAUUCAAAGCAGAACCGACGGGUGUCCCUGCAGAAGGUUGGAUCAUCGAAUCUGAAGUUUUGAAAGGUAUGGGAAAUGUAGCAACGGUAUUGAUCCGUCGUGGUUCAGUCAAGCUGGGAGACAUUAUCGUUGCGGGCAAGACAUUUUGCAAAAUUAGAGGCAUGAAAGAUGAAAACGGUAGAACCGUCAAGAGUGCCGGUCCUUCGAUGCCCGUGCAAAUCUGGGGAUGGAGAGAUUUACCUGACAGCGGUGAUCAAAUCUUGCAGGCCAAGUCUGAGCUGAUUGCCAAGAAAGUUGUCGAUUACAGAAUAGCUCGAUCGCAAGAGAUCCAGGCCUCAAGGGAUAUCGAAAGCAUCAACGUCAAGAAUGCCGAGGCUAUUAAGGAAGCCGAGAGAUUGGAGAAGAUAGCUGAGAUGAAGAAAGCUGGAUUGGACUCAUCCGAGUUGGAAAAGGAUGCCGAUGCAAACACAGUGAAGAGAUGCGAGUUCAUUAUCAAAUCCGACGUUUUCGGCUCAGCCGAGGCCAUCAAGGAAAGUAUCGAUGGUUUGGGCAACGACGAAGUUAAAGCCCAUGUCAUAUCGCACUCGGCAGGUGCACCCACCGAAAGCGACAUCGACUUGGCCAAGACUUUUGACGCAAAGAUUUUCUGUUUCAACACCAAAAUACCUCGUCAAAUUCAGCAGCGGGCCGAUCUGGAAAAAGUCACCAUCACCGAGCACAAUAUCAUUUACCGGUUGAUCGAGGACGUGACCGAGGAAUUGAGCUCGCAUUUGAAACCUAGAAUAGAAACCAAGAUCCACGCUGAGGUUGAUAUCAAGAAUGUGUUUACCAUCAAGCAAGCAAAAUCCAAAGCUCACAUUGCGGGCUGUAGAGUCAAGUCAGGUGUGAUUAAGCGUAACUCGAAGGUCAGAGUUAUAAGAAACGGAAAAGAAGUUUAUAGAGGCACCUUGUCUUCACUCAAGCAUGUCAAGGAUGACGUGAGUGAGGCUCCAAAAGGUAUGGAAUGCGGGUUGGGGUUCACUGAUUGGAACAAAUUCGAAGAAGGCGAUGUGAUUGAAGUGUAUGAAGAAGUUGAGCAUAAACGAUACUUGUAA